GUCCACACGCCCUGUGUUCUACUCCGCGGUUUCUUCGCUGUAGGCUCGCUCGCGCUGUCGGUGAAAUUAAGGGGACGUGAUGAGUCGCGCUCGCACGAGCCGCUCGCGAGCACGGCGCUACUGAACGCUGCUGCUGCGUGAUGAGAUAAAAGCGCGCGGCUUCGCUCUGCUUCUGUUUUGUUCUCGCGCACCGGCUGAGCGCUCGCGCUGCGGUAUCAAGGACCAAAGAGAGAGAGCGAGCUAGACCGAGUGCGCGCGCGAGACACUCAGCCACGAAAUGGUCCUGUGCGUUCUGGGGUUUCUUCUCCUGCCACUAUGUCUCCAGCUGGUCGGGUUUACACACGGCUCGCGAAUAGAAUGUGAGCCAUCACAAUUCCAAUGUGGGAACGGACGCUGCAUCCCAUCCGUGUGGCAAUGUGACGGUGAUGUGGACUGCACUGAUGGAAGCGAUGAGAACACGUGUGUGAGGAAGACAUGCGAGGAACAGGACUUUGUCUGCCGCAACGGCCAGUGUGUCCCCAAGAGGUGGCACUGCGAUGGAGAACCUGACUGCGAAGACGGCUCGGACGAGAGCAUUGACGUGUGUCACACCAGAACUUGCCGUACGAAUGAGUUUAGCUGUGGCACAGGCUCCACAUUGUGCAUUCCUGUCUCUUGGAAAUGUGACGGCGAGAGAGACUGUGACAACGGAGAAGACGAGACGAGCUGCAGUAACAUCACCUGUUCUCCUCUGGAAUUCACCUGUGCCAGUGGUCGUUGUGUCUCCCAGAACUUUGUGUGUAAUGGUGAGGAUGACUGCAGUGAUGGUACUGAUGAACUGGACUGCACUCCCUCCUCCUGCGGUCCUAACCAGUUUCAGUGUGGCAACGCAACGUGUAUUCCUAUUGGUUGGGUGUGUGACAAUGAUGUAGACUGUCAGGACCAAUCGGAUGAAUCGCCUGUGCGCUGUGGGAGGAACCCUACGCUGCCGGCUAAAUGCUCAGCUAGUGAGACUCAGUGCAGCUCAGGAGAGUGCAUUCACCGCAAGUGGCGCUGUGAUGGAGACGCUGACUGCAAAGAUGGCAGUGAUGAGAGAAACUGCCCGCCUCGCUCCUGUCGCCCGGACCAAUUUAAGUGUGACGAUGGCAGCUGUAUCCAUGGCAGCCGGCAGUGCAACGGUUUCCGAGACUGUGCUGAUGGCACGGAUGAAGACAACUGCAAAAACCUGACUCAGUGUAGCGGCCCAGACAAGUACAAGUGUCGGAGUGGAGAGUGUAUUGAAAUGAGCAAAGUCUGUAACAAGGUCCGUGACUGCACUGACUGGAGCGAUGAACCGAUAAAAGAAUGCAAUGUAAACGAGUGCCUUCUUAACAACGGUGGAUGCUCACACCUGUGCCGCGACUUGGUGGUCGGCUACGAAUGUUACUGCACGCCUGGGUUGCAGCUCCUUGAUCAUAAAACCUGUGGGGAUAUCAACGAGUGUCUGAAUCCUGGGAUCUGUAGUCAGAUUUGCAUCAAUCUGAAAGGAGGCUACAAAUGCGAGUGUCAUGAGGGUUAUCAGAUGGACUCCAGCACAGGAGUGUGUAAAGCAGUAGGCAAAGAGCCUUGUCUGAUCUUCACAAACCGGAGAGACAUCCGGAAGCUGGGGCUGGAAAGGCGCGAGUACACACAGAUAGUAGAGCAGCUGCGCAACACUGUGGCCCUGGAUGCAGACUUCAGCCAUCAGAAGAUCUUCUGGGCUGACCUGGGACAGAAAGCCAUCUUCAGUACAGUACUAGACAAGCGUGAUGAUGUGAGCAGACACACCAAAGUAAUUGAUGUCCAAAUGCCUGUAGGGAUAGCAGUGGACUGGAUCUAUAAGAACAUUUACUGGUCAGACCUGGGCAGUAAGACGAUAGCCGUGACCAAUUACAAUGGUACGAAGCAGAAAGUAUUGUUUGACAGGGACUUAAAGGAGCCAGCUUCGAUUGCAGUGGAUCCUCUCUCUGGGUUCCUUUACUGGUCAGACUGGGGUGAGCCAGCUAGGAUUGAGAAGUCUGGAAUGAAUGGGGUAGACAGACAGAUCCUGGUUGAAACUGACAUUCAGUGGCCCAAUGGUAUUACCCUUGAUCUGAUCAAAAGCAGACUUUACUGGGUGGAUUCUAAGCUGCAUACACUGUGUAGCGUGGAUCUGAAUGGAGAUAACCGGAAAAAAGUCCUACAGUCCCAAGACUACCUGGCUCACCCCUUUGCCCUCACAGUGUUUGAGGAUCGAGUUUUUUGGACAGAUGGUGAGAGUGAGGCUAUUUAUGGGGCAAACAAGUUUACAGGAUCAGAUGUGAUUUUGCUGGUCAACAACCUGAACGAACCGCAGGACAUUAUUGUCUAUCACGAACUCGUACAGCUGUCCGGCAUCAACUGGUGCAAUGAAAAAGUAGAAAAUGGAGGCUGUUCCUACAUGUGCCUGCCAGCACCUCAAAUCAACAAACACUCCCCCAAGUAUACGUGUGUGUGUCCCGAAGGUCAGGAGCUGGCCUCAGACGGCUUGCAGUGCAGACCAGUGGCAUCUACAGCCGUUCCACAAGAUGAAGGGCGGGUGCUCAUACACCCCACACAUCGUCCAGACACUCCGAAACCCAAGGUCGCAAUGCAGUCAAUGCCCACUGAAAGAAAUAUCAGCACCUCCAUACAUGAGGUGAAAUCAGCCAAAGGAUCAGCUGCAGCUUGGGCAGCUUUGCCAGUGUUGCUGCUGGCCAUGACUGCAGUUGGGGGUUACAUAAUGUGGCGGAAUUGGCAGAUGAAGAAUAAAAAAAGCAUGAAUUUUGAUAAUCCGGUGUAUCUGAAGACUACAGAAGAAGACCUGAACAUUGACAUAAACCGACAGACUGCCUCGGUUGGUCACACGUAUCCUGCUAUUUCUAUAGUAAACACAGAAGAUGACAUGCCAUAACCAGGUUUCUACACUGCUUCUAUUUAUGAACUGUCCACUUGGGACACCCGCCAAACACUGCUGUUCCAGCAGGCUGACAGUCAGAUGCCUUCCGAAGUGCAUUUCUCCAUUGUUUCUUAGGGGUGGUGUGUGUCUUUUUGUGUGAAAUACAUUGACAUGCUUCCUUCUUACAAUAAACAUGCCCAAAGCAUAAUAUAACCGAGAACGUGGCCUUUUCCUGAUUCUGCCACAUGCAAAAUGAUUGACCGACUCGACAGCUCUCACUCUUUAUGAGAUGAGAAAUUGAAGAAAGAAUCUAGACAUGGCUAGUUCGGUUGAUCAUUCUGUGCAAAUUAAUGUUUAGAUGCAAUCCAAAUUUUUAGGUAACCAUCUUGAAAAUGUGUGGUGUUUUUCUUUUUUCUUUUCUUUUUUCCCCCCUGAGGAACAUUUACCUCCAGAACUACACUCUUCUAAUGAUUCUUGUGUCCAUGCUGGGGAAAACUGUAAGCUCUAUAAGAGGAGUGCUUUUGGAAAAUUUGUAAAAUGCUGUAAAUAUCCCAACUUCGAGUAAUCAGGAUCCUCCAAGCACUUUGGUCAAAUGGUCAUAUGUAAAUAAGAUUGUAUACAAUUGACAAACAAUUUUUGCUAUGGUGGGUUAUAGUACCAGGGUAGAUUAAAAUGUAUAAAAUUAAAAAAAAGAGAGAAAAGGUUUGUUAAACUAUUUUGUAUGUUUGUGCUGUUCCUAUAACCUCUUUUUUAUAGCAUUGUACAGGAAGGAAUAAAUGCUCUGUAUUGAAAAAAUUUGCAAAUACUUAAAAUAAAAGGAAAGUGUCAGUUGAA